GUGAAACCUUCACUUAUCUAACCUAGUCCUUUUUCUUUUUUUCAAUAUGGUCAUUAGCAGAGCAAUUGCUAAUACCGCAAGGUGCAAUGCGUGCCAAUUGGCCGUUUUGAGAUCCUUUACCUCCAUUAGCACCCUCGCCGCAAGAUCAACAUCGACUCCUAAUACGAUUGUUCACCCAGCUCAAUAUCAAGCUAGAAGGAUAUCUGCGUGUCAGUCACGGCGUAGCUCAAGGGUAGAACAAAAACGUCCCUUUACUGGGCAGAGUUCCUCUGAACGAGAUGGGCCUGAUCCUAUUGCGGAGGAUUCGCCGAAAACCUCAACGACUGCAACGCCAACCCCGUGGUAUCUUCAGGUCGAAACACCGCAGCAAGCGCCCUCGCCGCUCUCUGAAAGACAACGCCUUCCCGAUUUGCCAGAAGAUGCUCCUGUAAUAUUACAACCUAUGCUGGAGUAUGUCUCGGUUGAUCUGGGUAUAGAUGACCUUACGCUAUUUGACCUUCGCAACCUCGACCCGCCGCCAGCUUUGGGCGCAAAUCUUGUGAUGAUAAUUGGCACAGCUCGGAGCGAGAAACAUCUCCAUGUGUCUGCAGACCGACUCUGCCGCUGGCUGCGCAGUAAUCAUAAAUUAACACCAUUUGCUGAUGGUCUGUUGGGACGGAAUGAACUUAAGCUGAAGAUGCGGAGAAAGGCUCGAAGGGCUCGAAUGCUUGGCAGCGUUGGGGCCUCAGAGACAAGCAAUGCUGAUGAUGGUGUUCGCACUGGAUGGGUCUGCGUAAAUGCUGGCAGAGUUGACGAACAGAAAACCGCCGUAAAAGACACGGUUCCUAAAGGCGUUGUUGGAUUUGGAACAGCCUCUACAGGGACUCGAGUUGUUGUGCAAAUGCUCACGGAAGAUAAAAGAGGGGAGCUCAAUCUUGAGGGGCUCUGGCAAGGUGCCCUGGACCGGCAGACCAGGAAGGAGGCGAAAGACCAAGAGUUGAUCAAGGAACAGGAGGCGCAGGAAGCCAAUUAUGAUCAGGAUACCGUGCCUCAACUCGAACCUGAUGUAGCUGGAGAGGUAGUUCAUCGAUCCACUAUUCCCUCUGCAGAGUCAAGGCGCGUGUUCAAUCCAUUCCAGCGCACUCGAAGCCGAUCCUUUUCAACAAUUUCCCGCCUCCUUCAAUCUCACGCUGCUAGCUUGCAUGCAUCCAAAGUAGAUGGAGCAAACAUAGAUACUGUGGAACCGAGAAUUGUGUCUCCAGCCGAAGGCAAUUCAUCAAUACCAGAGUCGGUAUGGCCAUUUGAAGGAAUGGGUAGUAGCCAACAGAAGGAUAACAUCCCGGCAGAUUUCACGCACGCCGCGAAGACAAUGAAGCUCCAUGUCCUACUCAAUCACCUUGAGGCCUUACCACAAUCAGAUGCUCUUGAGGUCUUGGGUAAUGAUGCCCAUGACACGAACUCAAGUUCUUUCUUGCAGUCCUUUUACCAAAGCGUGCCGUCUUUCCCGGAGUCCAGCGACUGGGAUUGCCGCGUCAGUCUUUUCUGUCGUGCCAUUCAACUCGGCCACCCAGGCUACCCCAAGAGCAGCCUGUUUUCCGUUUUCCAUGAAAUGCAGCUCUCCGGCGUGGAUGUUUCUGAAGCGACAUUUCACAAGAUCAUCCAAGCAUUGCUAAGCCGCAAUGUAUCCAACACUGUCAAAACCAUCUCUGACGAGGAGCUGGACAUGGCACUGACUGUUCUCGAUGACAUGUCCCAUAGAGGCCUUCUUAUACUUACAGAAGAGAUAUUCCUGCAGCUCGAAGAGGCUACUAGUUUUCUCGUUCCUAUAGAAGUAGAGCGGGAUCCGGAAUCUACGCAGACUUUCAAGUCCAGCUCGUUGGAAGAUCAUCCCAACAGCAACGAGUUCGCCGAGCUUGAUGUCCCCCCUCCUUCUUCGACCGAGACAUAUUAUACUGUAUCCCUUGCAGAUUUUGAACGCCAACAAAAAUUACGUCGCAGACUCGCUGAAGUACGAACUGCAUUCAACAUUGAAUACACUCAGCCAGAAUCGCAGAUACGCGUGCUACAACUCGCCGCAAACCAAGCUGAUUGGGCUACGUUCUGGGACACAUGGCACCAUAUUGCGCGACGCAUGCAACCCCGCUCGGCGUCACUCUAUGCCUUCUUGUUCCAGACUGUUGCCCUAACUCGAAACCAGCAAGCAUGUACCCGCACUCUGGAGGCUUGGGUUCCUGGAAUCGCUCGAGAAAGGCCUCGUGUCGCGCUGAGAGGUGAAGUGGCGGCUGGCGUGAGAGAUUGUCUUGCCGUUGCGUAUCCCUCUGUCGAAGAUGAUGUGAAAAGCGGCGUGGCGACCGACGAUCGUUUGGUAAAGUUAUGGCGAGCUUGCGAGCAAGGCAUGAAGGUUAAGGAAGUGCAGGAGUGGGUGAACGAGGUUGACUGAGCAAGUGAUGUACUAUAUUUGGAGCCUUUGGGAUUUUUUUUAGCUGAGCGGUGUAUUAUGUUUGAGUUAUCCGGGUUUGUACAAUUGGGUGGUUGACUGGAAAAUUGGGUACAAGUCGAUGCCACUUCGACAUCAUGUAUUAUAGAAAUAAAUCCCCGCUGCUGUAUAUUGCACUUCAAAAUAUGUGACGUAUUUGGAUGAUGCUUGCUCCAGGACGCGCU